AAAGGUCCAAGAUAUGGACCCGUUUGACAAAAUGCACAGCGCGAAAAAGGCAAGAUCAAGAAGGUCAAUGAUUAUGAAAGAGAAUCGUAUCAAACGACAAAAGUUCAAUUCUCACCAACACAUCCCGCUUGAUCCAAUUAUUAAUACUCCAAUGUCAUCCACGCCCAGGCAACCUUUGUCCGAGUUGACACCAUCGUUUCAAAACAUGGCAGCAUUACCGGGAAUUUCAGGGCAGUCAGGUAGUAUAUGUUUGGGUUUUGAAGGUUCCGAACCUAGCCUUUCAAGACAUGCCUUUAAAACAAAUUUAAGGUCCCGACCGAUAGAUAUUUUGGGAACAAAUCUAUUUUCAAAGUUUGCAUCCAGUUCUACUGUGAAGGAAAAUGAGGGAUUUACUCUUUCCUCAUUGAUUACAAACCAAAAUCGGACUCAUCGUGAAGACUUCGUCAAUGAAGCUGGGAGUUCUUCUAAUACACAUACCUUACCACUAAAGACCAUACCAGUGCGGGGUAGGCCUAAGAAUCAAUAUGGAGUUCCAAAUAUGGCUAGGAACUUGACCCGAAAGUUUCCUAUACUGGAAAGAGUGGAAGGGAAUGAAACGGCAAAUUUGACCCUCGGUUCCACCACACAAAUAAGGUACAUAAAUGCCUCGACAUGAAAAAUAUACAUUGUUGCGACUUUGCUUGAAGUAAUCUUAAAAGGAUAGUAUGUUAGAACCUUAGUUUUGGCUUCUUUUUUUUUUAGGCUUGCUCACCACUGUUUGUGGAUAUCCAUUUAUAAAUAU